ACGGGACAAUUACUAAGACAAACACAGGAAAGAACGCAGUUACAUAAACAAUCAUCAACGCAGUGCAGAGAUACGAACGGCGAUUUUAUCCUGCUUCUUUUAGUUUUACAAAAAUAUGACAAGCUUUCAUAUGACAUUAGUGCGACAUGGAACUCCAAAUGCAAAGCGAAGGAUUCCCAAGACAUUAGGAAAUCAAGACAAUAGUUUAUCAAGAAAAGGUUACUACCAAGCAAACUUACUUGCCCAGAAGCUGAAAUCUGAAAAAUUUACUCACAUCUAUUGCAGUGACAUCACAAAAGCUAAAGAGACAGCAAUGGUUAUUGCAAAGCAAAAUACGACAUGCGCAUCUUUACCUAUACAUGAAGAUCCACGUCUUGAGGAGUUGAGAUCAUUAUGCUGCAGUGAAGAAAGCAUUAACAGCUCCUUGCUUAAUAAACUUGAGACUUUAGAGGAUAUACGUCAUAGAGCUGAGGACUUCUUCUUAGAGAUUUGCGAUGCAAUGUUGCAUCGUAGUGAGCAUGCUCAGAGCCUUGAUAAAGAUGAUGAACAUUGUGAAAGUACUAGUAGAAAUAGUUGUGAUGUGGAUAUAACAGAAACUAUACAGAAUGGCCUUGGUGAAGAUCAUGUGCUUGUUGUGAGUCACAAAGGAUUGAUAAGAGAAAUGCUACGCUACUUCAGUUGUGAGCUUGGCUGUCAAUUGCCUCGAAGAUCAGGUCUCCGUUCAAACUGGGAUUCCUCUUAUACUGGAGUUUCUGUUUUCAAAGUUACAAUUGAAAGAACUGAGGAUUUGUUCAAUAGCAUUCACAUAGAAUGUUUACAGUUAAAUGACACUUCACAUUUGAGUAAACGAUCAAAUGAUAGUUGUAACAAGAUAGGAGAAUGCACAAUGGCGACAUCAAAGUAGGAAAACAAGGAAAUGAACACGAAUGAGAAAACAUGUGGAUAUGUUAUUUCUGUUAAAGACAUUUGUUCUAUGUUGGUUAGUGAUUCUAGCAAAAUGAAUAGUUUGUCUUAGUACAACAUUCCAUAAUUAUUGGCAUUCAGCUACAAGUCAAAUGCAAAGAUUUUAUAAAUACAGUAGUUGUGUGGAUAAGACGAAAUGGAUUUCUAAUGAUUGAUAUGAUAGAAUAGCAAUUCUAUCUAACAAUGUCAGACUUCCAACAGAAGGUACAUGUUUCAUUUGUAGGCUACGGUAUGCUGUAGAAAAAAAUGUCUUUUACAUCCUGUAAAUAUAAUUGUCUUGUAAGUAUUGUGUAGGUAUUAAAUUAACUGAAAUAUAUAUAUUUUGCGAAGUGAAAA